CCUAGUUAAGCAAUGUUGAGAAAAUCUACAAAUUUCUUGGCCUACUUAUUAUCUUAAAUGUAUACACAUACGUGUACAAUAUGGUUUCUCCCGAUUUCGUCUUGCCAGGAUUUAUAACAUUACUGACUUUUUUCAAUGUGCUAAAAUCUGAACAAAUUUUGGACAAACAAAAUGAAGAUUUUGAUUUUGAUGGUUUACCAGGGGUUUCUUAUGAGUUCAAAGUUGAAGUAAAUGCCGGAGACGAGCAAUGUUUUUACCAGAAAAUUGCACAAGGCGCAAGGUUAUAUGUGUCAUUUGAGGCACUAAGAGGCGGAGACCGAUUGAUCGACGUCAUUUUGAGAGAUCCAAAUAUGGAAAUAUUAGAUUCACAAAUAGACCAAACGGAAGGUUCUUUGGAACACGAGACUACAGUAGAAGGAAUAUAUACUAUAUGUAUAGAUAAUACAGCAAGCAUGUCUAGAUACUUUUACGGGUCAAAGAGGAUAUAUUUUUACAUGGGAACAUAUAUUACGGCAGAAUGGGACAAAUAUAUAGAGGAAAUAGAGGGUCUUCAUUUAACAGUUACAAAUUUCACUACAUCUAUUUCUGCUGUUCAGAAAUCAAUCGAACAGGCCGGAGAACAUCAGUUGCAAUCCCGAAUGACAGUUGUAAAAGACUGGUACCUUAUCACCGGCAUCAAUAACUACAUAAGUUGGUGGUCUGGAUUACAUAUAUUCAUCACUGUAUUUACUUCCGGUUUCCAAGUGUACUUCGUAAGACGAUUGUUUAGAGUUCCGAAUGUGACACCAAGCCUUAAACCUCGGGCUUGAAUAACAUUUUUCGAACAUUAGACCUGGAAGUUCCAUCAGACGUGAUAAUUGUUUUCAGGAACACCAAUCCCAUUUAAUGGAUAAGAACUUAUUGAAGUGCGUGCCUGUUAUAUUUUUGAAACAAUUCAGAUUUUAACAUUACAGUGAAUAUAUAGUAUUUUCUGUGAAAACAAAUAACUUUCAAUAAUAAAUAUUUCAUUGUCAAGUCUAAUCCAAUGAAAAAAAUAGCUGUUAUGCAUGGCGUUUUGA